AAAUGUAACGUCAAUGUCAAAUCGUCAAUCAACCUGAUGCGUUGCGAAUUUGUCGGAAACUAUCCACAAGUUUAAAAUAAAAUUAUGAGGGAGUGAAUCAUCUCAUUUAGUAAAACAGUGGUAUUAGUUUAUCGUAGAGAAAUUCUGAAAGAAUUCAAUAUGCUCAUACGUUGUGGUCUCUUGUUAUUGUGUUUGAACUGUGUGAGGACAAGUGAAUAUAUUACCAGUGAUGGGGCAACAAGAGCUCGUGUUGCAGAGUUCAAUAGAAGGUUUUCACUGUGGCCUUCUGUACACAAUGCUGCGAAGUUACUGAGAGUGAGGAGAGAGGCCGAGGUCAGUUCUGUUCUCCAGACAGAGGGUGGGCAAGACGUCGUUGCCACUGCAGAGAAGACCGCACAAUCGGGGGAUGUUAAACCUCCUUCGGGUCCUGAAAUAAAAAAUGGAACGAAAGAAAAAGUAGCUUCUGACCCACCACCAGCACCCACUGGCAAUGCAACAAUUGUCAACCCAGCUCCGGCUCCAGUGGUCAAUGAGACAAAAUUAAAUGCAACAAGUACAGACAAACCAAUAAAGAUUGAUCUCAACAAUCCUGGAGUAUUGAAGAGAGGAUUCAUCGUGUUUGGAGGAUUUGCGCUGCUGGCAGUCGCUUAUUUCAUAUUCUACAGGAAAAAGAGCAAGAAUAACGAUACAGGAAACGCUCAUAGCACAAAUGAUGCGAACCAGUUCCGAUACGGGGUACUCCAGUCAGAAGAUAGAAGGGAUAACUUGGAAUUAUCCAGGGUUCCCCUGACCAUGGAAUCUGAUGAAGACGAGGAUGAGGAUCUGGAGAUUUUCGACCUUGAACAAAAGAAGAAAUCACUGUCUUACGUCAACCUACAGACAAAUGAUGAGGACAUUGUCUUCUCUCCGAAAGAUAGCACAGAUAAUGAUAGAGAUAACUUACUAUUAGAUAUUGAAGAUGGCGCCACCUCCGACACACUAAUUAAUUGGAGUAGCAGUGGCAGUAAGUCAAUAUUAUAAUUCCUGUUUAAAAUAUAAUUAUAAUUGUAUAAAUAUGCGUUGUGCAUUUAUCCGCCAUAAUCUGAAUUGAAGAUUUAUGACAUAAAAAGAUAGUUCGGUUGUCAAGUUAAAAUAAAAAUCAUAGUUUUAAAAUACUUUUAGUAUUAUUUUAGUUGAUAUUUCGCUUUGUUAUUACGUAAGAGAUACCGUUGUUUGAUAACCUGACUAUCUUUUUAUGUAUUCAUUAUUUUUUUAUUUAAUAGCUCUUAUAUAGGUUACAUAAGAGCUAUAGUUGAUUGUACCGUAUUUUAUUAGUCCAGUGCAAAAUUUGCGUUGAACACUAUUUUUAUGUAAAGAACAAAAUGGUAUGUUUUGUUUUGUAACCACUUAUACCUAAUUACCGCUGGUCUAAUUGUAAGGAGGUGAAUAUUCCAAAAGGCAUUUUGCAGUUCUCAUUAAGCACUGUAUUCUAUAAUUAUAGUAACGUGAUUCAGUGUGACCUUCACAUUCACGUUAUCUGAAACGCAAUAUGUUAUGAACAAAUAUUGAGAAACCGAUCUCAAAUACAAACAAACGCUU